GCGGCGCUGCGCGUGGGGCGCCGCCCGCCGCUGCUGGCCGCGUCGGCCGCCUUCGUCGCCUGCUGGGGGCUCAAGUUGGCGGCCGGGCCCGCCUGCCUGCUGGCAGCACGCAUCUUCGCCGGGCUCGCCGGCGCCGCCGCCUGGACCGCGGCGCCGCUGUACGGACGAGAGAUCAGCUCGGGCGCGGUGCGCGGCGCGGCGUCGGCGGCGCCGGUGCUAGCACACAACGUGGGCUUCCUGCUGAUGUACGCCGCGGCCGACGCGGACCUGCCGCACCAGGUGAUCCUGUGGGUGUGCCUGGGCGUGUCGCUGGUCCACUGCGUGCUCUUCAUGUUCGUGCCCGAGUCACCCAGCUUCCUAGCCGCCGCCGGGAAACACGAGGGUGCGCGUGCGUCGCUGGCGUGGCUGCGCGUGCUCCCAGCGGAGGGUGCGCGGCUGGAUAAGGAGGUGGACAUGUUGCCGCCGCGGGAAGACUCCGACGAGUCGCCUUUCUCACUCAUUAAGGAAUUAUGGAGCGACCGGGGACGUCGUCGCGCGCUGGUGCUGUCAGUGGUGGCGGUGGCGGGGCAGGAGUGCUGCGGGCUACUGGCGCUGUUGCAGUUCGCCGAGCUGGUGCUACAGGAAGCUAUCCCCGACGGCGGGGCCACGGCUACUGCGGGGCGCCCGGCACGGCAUGCGCUCAUCCUCGGCGCCGUGCAGCUGGUCGCUUCCGCUAUAGCGCUGUACCUCGUCGAGCGCGUUGGACGGAAGCCGCUGAUAGUGUGGACGGCGCUGAUAUGUGGCGGCUGCCUGGCCGUCGGCGCAGGCUUGGCGUGGAGCGGUGCCGGCGCAGCCACGCUGGCGGGGCUGCUGGGCGUGGCCGUAGCGGCGGACUCCCUCGGCAUGCAGCCCGCGCCCUACGCGCUGUUGGCAGACAUGUUCCACUACCGGUACCGCGGGUGCGCGCUGAUCGUGGCGACGGCGGCAGCAGCGGGCGGCAACGCGCUGGAGGUGGCCAUAUUCGGCGCCGUGGGCAUGUACGGCGUGCCGCCGGCCGUGGCGCUGGCCGCCGCGCUCACGCUGGCCUACGCGGCGUUUGCGGCGCUCGCGCUGCCGGAGACAAGGGGCAGGGACCCACAGCAGAUAUAUGACGUCAUCUGCCCACUCAAACAUAAAGAUGUCGAAAACACGCCCGGUGAUACAAGUGACAGUAAUAAAGUUCCCUCCGACAGUGUAACAGUGGUCCCCGUGAAAAGUGAUGAUAGUGAUAGAACUCAAUGGACGUCCCUUAUCUCUGGAGUUAUGAUUGCGAUGGGUCUCCUGGACAAGAUCUCCGGCUUCCUGGGCACGUCGCGGCUGGAGGCGCACGUGCUGGUGCUGGGGCUCGACCACGCCGGCAAGACGGCGUUGCUGCGCGCCUUGCGCCCGCCUGACCCCGCGCAUCACGCGUCUACGCAGCCCGACGCCCCCGCGCAGCCCGAGCGCUUCCAGAGCGGCGGCGUGACGUUCAGCGCGUGGGACGCGGCGGGCGCGGCGCGGCACCGCGCGCUGUGGGAGCGCCACUACCGCACCGCGCACGCCAUCAUCUUCGUCGUCGACGCCGCUGACCAUCUCAGACUCGUGGUGGCGCGCGAGGAGCUGGAGCUGGCGCUGGCGCACCCGGAGUUGAGCGCGCGCCGCCUGCCGCUGCUGGUGUGCGCCAACAAGUGCGACGAGCCGCGCGCGCUGCCGCCGCACCACGUGGCCGCCGCGCUGGGCCUGGAGCGCGUGGUGGACAAGCCGUGGCACAUCUGCGCGACGUCGGCGGUGUCGGGCGCCGGGCUGGCGGACGGGCUGGGCUGGCUGGCGCGCCAGCUGCGGGACGCGCACCGCCCGCGCCCGCGCUAG